GUUACAUGUUUCCUUGUGUGUACGUCAUUUAAAGGAAAAACUAAUUGAAAAUGGUAUAAAAGAACAUUUCGGAAGCAGCAAAACACUAUUCAGUUCCACUUAAUAUUUCAAUUGCUUUAAACAAAGAUUUCUUAGAGAUGAUGAAAUUUCAGACCUUUCUCUUCUCGAUGGCAUUGACCACAAUGACAGUAGCCGUAUAUGCACCAAAGGAAAAACAUGCAUUAGAUAGACAUGGAUUGGAAAACACAAUUGGAAGAAACAGAAACGGGCGUCGUGAUGGUGAAUCCCUUUCUGUGCUGGAUGUUAUUGAUGCAAAUAGACGAGCAGGAUCAAGUAGAGUUGAAACAUCUCAUGGAAUAGGCAGUGAAUUUGUAACACACGGAUCAUCAGACAGUUUAGGCUUGUCUGGUGGUUCUGUUGGAAGCAGGACCUCUGGAUCAAGGGGCUCCUCAACUGGUUUGUCUCGUGUUUUGUCUGACGAUGACAGUAUCAGUAAUUGUCAUUAUGGGUGUGGAGAUGACAAGUUGUGUCGUUCAGGACAUAAAUGUGUACAUGAUGGUUGUAGCAGUUACUGUGUCGAUAUUUCUUCUAGAAGUUCAUCAUCUGGCUUGACCAGAGUUUCAAGCAAUGAUGAUCAUAUGUCAUCUGGCAGCAGAAUUGGUACAUCUGGUCUGGAUAGAAAUUUUGAUCUCUCUAGCAGUUCUCAUUUGGAAACCAUAGGUAGUAGACGUGGAGGGUCUGGUCAUUCAGGUUCUGAAAUCCUCGACUCAAUCAGCGCUGGACGAGGUGGACUAGACACUGGUUCUUCCAGACGUGGUGGUUCAAUUCGUACUUCAGGUUCAGGAGUCGUUGCUCAGUCAGUUGUAGGAGGAAAAACUGAUUGCAAAAACGACUGUUUUAGUGAUGGAGAUUGUCCAACAACCAAAUUCUGUGCCACUGUUGGUUGCCAUAGGAUUUGCCGUAGAAAGCCGUCUAAAGGAUAUCUCGGAUAGACACAAGAUGAAAUCCAAAAUUUGUACACAAAAGAUUCUUUUUUUGAUGAAAUAAAAUGUUAUACAAAU